CCGGUAUCCGCGGGAACUUCAGGGUCAGAGGUGUGUUUUUUGAGUUGCAUCACUUUCAGAAGUACACGAGAAAAUCUGGAAGUUGCGGCUUACCUGAUAAGGAACUUGUACGCGCGUUUUUGUGCAUGAUUUCGUCGAGGUCGAAGCGACAUCUGCGAAUUCUACUCGAACCAUCCAGUCUACACAUUCUGUUGCGGCUUUCCCUUGUCGGAACGAUUUCACGAGACAAUCCUAGACUGUGAUUGCUCGAGGAGCACGAUGGUUCAGGCACCACUCAAGAAAAAGAAGCCUGGUGGUGGUAACGCUCAUACAGCCAGGAAGAACAAGCCACAGAAACCUGUUGCGGUAGAAAAGAACCGCAAAGUGGCACACAUGCUGCGUAACAAAAAGAAGGCUGUUGGUGUGACACAAAUCGAAGCGUCUCUCUCAGCUAUUGCCAGAGGCAACAUGGAAGACGUGAAACUAGUUGGAGGCGAAGAAGGCAAGAACGCAAAGAGUCAAAAUAAGAAAGCUUGAUGCGUCUCCUCGGAAGCCUCGCGUGGUGUUAGCUCGACGAGUCUGUCGUCUUCGGUGAGCGAUUCUUUGACGACGCUUGGGAGCGAGACAGAACCAUAGGUUUGCUGAAGGUGGCUUCUGAAGUGCGGUGUUGUCAGCUUCUUCCUCUUCUGUCGCUUCCCAUCUAUCUAUACCUCUCUAAUCUGUGUUUUUUUAUCUUCCUGUCUAUUUCGGUGCUUCUUCUUUUUCGCUUCUAACUCCCUCUAUUUUCGUACUCAAAUUCUUAUUAGGUUUUUACUCUAAUAACUUGGACAUACUGCGCAUUUUCUAGUUUCUUCUUCCAUGUGUGUCUACGUCAUUGAAGAAAAAAGCGCCGUGCCUUCUAAUCCGCUGUACAGACACACACCACCCCACACACACGGUAGAGUACGUGCAGCCUCGC